GAGACGGUGGAGAGCUGAAGUCAUCAGUUAUCGCUCGGAGAGGGUGUUGUGCCGUGAGCAGAGACCGAGAGGGACAGAAAGAGUUGCUCAAGCGUGAAACUUUGGGCUGUCUAGACUACCGUCAACAAUAUGUGUCUAUAAAAAAAGGCGCGUUUCAUUUGAUAUAUUUUUGAAGGCGAUUUUGUGUGAAGGUGCUGGUUCUAAUAGUGCGAGAUGCGGCUGAGACCCGGACCUCCUCCUACAUACCGAAUCCGAUAAAGUUGCGCUCACGCACCUGGACACACCAUCGCUCUCUCCUCCUGGGAAUACAGAAGACAAGGACAAGUGGAUAAGCCACAUUUCCUGCGCUUCUUUCCACAUUUCCAGGCUCGGUUCGUGGUGCGACGAAGAACUAAUAAUCGGCGUUUGCUAUGAAAUCUGUGCGACGGACGGAAGGCUUCGCUGUGUGGAUACCGAGCUGUCUCGCUCUGUUUUAGCGGCUUCUAUGAGGAUUCCGUGCAGGAUGUUGGCGAAUUGGCCCAGGUGUUUUUGGGCCAUUGUGAAUUCGCCUGAGUUGCAGAGUCGCGGCAUCUGCCCGCUGUAGGAAGCGUUGCGUUGCUUUCUUUACGCUUUUCGGCGCAACGCGUCGGUCGAGGACAUUAACAUUGGCAAGACAAGCAUCGCUUCCCCUCCCUCGUUUACUAUGCAAGUGCAACUAAUCUCCAUUGUAUUGAUCUUGCACUGGAUGGAGCACGCAAACGGUCAGCAUCACACCUCCAGGCACCGGCAGCACGAGCGGGGUCCAGGAUGCAUGGGCGGAUGUCUGACCUGCUCAGCUUCAAAUGGGUGCCUGACAUGCAUGCCCAGACUCUUCAUUCACCUGGAGAGGGAUGGCAUGAGGCAGAUCGGCGUGUGUCUGGCUUCCUGUCCUAAGGGUUUCUUUGGCACUCGCUCGCCUGAAAAAAAUGACUGCUCCAAAUGUGGCUCUGAGUGCGACACCUGCUUUGACAAGAAUUUCUGCACACGCUGCAGAGCAGGAUCAUAUCUUCACAAGGGCAAAUGCCAAGAGAGCUGCCCAGAUGACCUAGUGCCAAGUGACAUCAAGAGGGAAUGUGUUGCACCAUGCCCAGUGAACUGUGAGUCUUGCCUGAACAGUGACACCUGUACAAGGUGUAUGUCAGGUCAUUAUCUACUGCAUGGUCAGUGUCACAGUAUCUGCCCUGAAGAGUUUGAGCCCAACGAACAGGCAAUGGAGUGUAUUCCUAAAGUGCACUGUGAGGUGGGAGAGUGGAGCGAAUGGGGUCCGUGCUUGCGGAUAGGGAAAAGCUGCUUUGGAGAAGAAAGCCGCACACGGAAAAUUUUGCAGACCCCCAGUCCACAGGGCAACCCCUGCCUUUCCACCUUAGAGAAAAGAGAGUGCUUUGUUAAGAAAAGGAGAUGUGGUAAGGGAAACAAAGGCUCACGUAAAGAGGAGAAGAAGAAUCGCAACAACCGAAAAGAGAAGACAAACAGUGAGGGCCGUCGAGAGCGGAAGAGAGAGCGAGAGCGGGAGAGAGAGCUGGGAACCCGGGAGGAUGACAACAGGAACAAAACAGAACAGCUUCUCAAAAGGACCCAGAGCAGAGACACUAUAAUGGAAUAGUGAGGUUCUGCACAGCGAUCCUCUCAAAUAACCCUCCGCUGGUUGUUCUACCCCUCUGCCCUAUAACCCCCCACUUUCAGGGGUGCUGCUGCUACCUGUAUAAUUUAAAUGUAUACUGUAUAUGCACAAGAGGAACAAGGCACUGAUAAGAUUAAGUGACAUGAACAGUGAAGCUAACCCUUAUCCCUUCUGGCUAAAUGCCCUCAAAGGGCAUCUAUUGCUCAUGCGACAGCUUUCUCAUGCAGAGGAGCCUGGCACCGAGUUGGAACGAUAUUGAACUCACUGUAGUGAAGUGGGAUUUUUAUGAAACAGCAGGCUGAUGAUGUGGACUCAGACACUGGCCUGGUACAGCAUCACUUUGUGGUUUGAAUGUAGAUUUGUUUGACAUUAUGUAGAGUUGCUAUUGUAUAAACGUCUAUCUUUUUUGGUAUUUUUUUGGCUGAGUAACUUAAAAAGCGAGUGUGCUUGCUGGUGUCAUGGACACUGCCUGUUGAUAAAGCUAUGACUGUAUGAUGGACUGGUAAAAACCCACCAGACAAGAGGACAGGCCGUGGAGGUCCUGGAUAAAGAGUUAAUGGUUCUCUCUGCAGUUGUUUUUUUCAUCAGUCUUGUUCAGUGUACUCAAAACAAGGGACAAAUUUGCCUGUCUCUAGUAGCAGAAUCUAAGCUUUUAAUUAAGCCAUCACACCACAAACCAAAAGCACCUGUAUGUUCAUUAAAUAAUGAUGUUUCU